AUCAAUUCAGAUAAGAGGUCUUAACCAUUCAGACUCUGUAUAAUACUUAACCAUUCAGAGGCAAAUCUCUUAACCAUUCAGACAUCUGAACCAUUAAGAGGCUGAAACAAACAGUCUGAACCAUUAAGUGCUGAACCAUUAAGAUAUCUGAACCAUUAAGAAGCUGAAACAAACAUCCCCUAUGCUUAUACUUUCUCCGUGUGGGAAUAGCAGAUGGGUCAGGCGUUCUCCUUCCUUAAACCCUCCUCCACCUCCUCCUCCUCGCCGAUGACAUCUCACCUCGACGCCGUCGCCGUCGCCGCCAAGCGCAAGCUGGACGACUAUUUCGAUGACGCCUUCACCGCCGACUCCUUAAUCCCCUCCGCCGUCAGAAUGCGAAAGGACCAGCCUCUCCCUACCGCCGUCGCCGAUUCCCAUCUCCUCUCCCACCUCCCUUCCUCCCAGGAGGCCUCGACCUCCCGAUCGUCUUCAUCCUUCUCCUCGUCCUCGUCCUCGUCCUCGAUCACCUCCAUUUCCGGGAAACAGCGGUGUCCCGGCCCCGUUCAAUUCUUCGUCCGGUUGCUGUCAGGAGGGACCACUCUAGUACUGGAAGCGUAUCUGGACGACUCGGUGAAAACAAUCCACGAGAAAAUCCACUCAAUCACGGGGAUUCCCGUGUUCGAGCAGAGGUUGAUAUACAGAGGGAAGCAGCUUCAGUGGGAGAAUACUUUGGCCGAGUGUGGGAUUCAGAAGGAUGCCGGGUUGCAGCUCGUGGGACGGAUGCGCAGCACAAGCCAUCCUCAGGCAUGGCAGUUCAUGGACGACAUGGUUUCCCUGAUUCUUGAGCUGUACAAGAGGAAAAAUCCUCAACCCACCUUGAGAAUCAAAACCAGGCUUAAGGAUUUCCUGGAUAAUAUCCCACGAGAUAACACCGACAAAGCAUCUGAAUACCUUCAAAUCUUUCAAGCAUCUCGCGCUCCGGCAGCUCUAGUAAUGCUUUACAUGUCUCCUGUUCAAUCUUAUAGAGAUUGUGCGGUCGAAUCAAUUCGUACCUUCAUAAACUCAAGUAAGGUUAAUUUGCACAAUCCUAUGCAUGCCCAGUUUUGCCCUAUAGUCAUAGAGUUCUGUAAAUUGUUGAAUAAGGCUGUUGGGGUCAAUGAUUUUUUGUACAGUCAUUGUCGGA